AAGAGCCCGCGUGCCGGCCUCGCGCUCGCUCGCUCUCUCGUGCCGCCGGCUCCUCCCUCUUUCCUCUCUGGGCGGAAGCGGCUACGUGGGGGCGGCGGCGGAGGAGGUGGGGGGCUGGUACCCCUAACCCCUGGCAGGCCCAGCGGUGGAAGCUAUGCCGCGCGGGGUGCCCUGGAGCCCAUCGCACGCGAGGAGGCCGUGAGGGUGAGGAGCCCCAGCAUGGAGACCAGGUGGUUUUUGAGCAUUGUCCAUAGCACGUUUAGAAGAGGAAAUAUUAAUUUUGAAACUACCUUGGAAUUACUUGACAAAUUUAAUAUUCCUUUUAAUUAUGUUCAUGUGAAGUACGUUUUUAAGGCAAGUGAUCCAUUGAAGUCUGGAACUAUUACAAUAGAGGAUUUUAGAGGAAUUUAUCGGGCUAUUGCACACAGAUGUGAACUUCAUGAGCUCUUCAGAAUUUAUUCUCCAAAUCACAAAAUCCUACUAGUACCAAAUCUAGUGACAUUUCUUAGAACCGAACAAUUUCAUUCGGAUGCUGAUGAAAAAACUGCUUGCGAAAUCAUUACAAAGUUCGAGCCCAUUGAAGAAGCAAAGAAGAAUAAAGAGAUGACAUUUGAAGGAUUCAUAAGAUUCAUGUCUUCUGAUGACUGUGGGAUAUUUAAAAUGGAACACAGAUGUGUUUACCAGGAUAUGACUCGUCCACUAUGUGAUUACUUUAUUUCGUCUUCUCAUAAUACCUACCUAAUAUCUGACCAGCUGAUAGGGCCAAGUCGUCUGUGGGGCUAUGCAAGUGCUCUAAUGAAAGGUUGUCGCUGCUUGGAAAUUGAUUGUUGGGAUGGACCAAACAACGAACCUGUUGUUUAUCAUGGACAUACGUUAACAAGCAAAAUUAGCUUUAAGACGGUCAUCCAGGUGAUCAGCAAGUAUGCUUUUUUGGUCUCUGACUAUCCUGUCAUAUUGUCUUUGGAGAAUCACUGCAGCCCUAAACAGCAGGAAAUAAUGGCAGAUUAUAUGACAACUAUUCUGGGUGACAAGCUAGUUGUAUCUACAAUUGAUGAUCAGAUGCCAACUGAACUACCUUCGCCUGAGGCACUAAAAUUCAAAAUAAUGAUAAAAAAUAAGAAAAUUGGAACACUUGAAGAAACACUUGGAAAGAAAGGCAUGGACAGUCAUGGUCAGACAGGAGAAUUUGAAGAGGAGCAAACGAGUGAUGAAGAGUCAGAUGAUGACCCUUCCCACGCCAAGCAGCCCCUGCUUAAAAAGAGAAGAGCACUUUGGAAAGGUUCUGUUCCGCCAAGAAAAAAACAGAGAAUUAAGAAAAUAAAGCUUGCCCUGCCACUGUCAGAACUUGUGAUUUAUACCAAAACUCGAAAGUUUGUAAGCUUUGAAGACUCAAGAGAGAAGCAGGUUUUUUAUGAAAACAAUUCAAUUGGGGAGGGAAGAGCCCGAAAGCUGACAAAACAGCUAGCUAAUGAAUUUGUUCAACAUACAGUCAGAUUUAUUACCAGAAUAUAUCCCAAAGGGUUGCGAACGAACUCUUCCAAUUAUAAUCCUCAAGAAUUCUGGAACGUUGGAUGUCAAAUAGUGGCCUUAAAUUUCCAAACAGCUGGAGUACAAAUGGAUCUUCAAAAUGGGAGAUUUAUGGACAAUGGUGGCUGCGGCUAUAUACUAAAACCAGAAUACCUAAGAACUAGGGGCACACCGUUUUCUCCCUACAAUGUAACUGGGAACCAUCAGCCAGUUAAGCUUAUAAUAAAGCUUAUCAGUGGCCAUCAGUUACCACCUAGUAGUCUCUCCAGGUCUAAUAAAGCUGACCCCCUCGUCGUAGUAGAAAUUUAUGGUGUUCCAGAAGACCAGGCAAAACAACAGUCUUGUGUGGUUAAGAGCAAUGCAUUGUGUCCUCGAUGGAAUGAAACAUUCACAUUUAAUAUUCACGUUCCAGAGCUUGCCUUAGUACGUUUCAUUGUAGAAGAUCAGCUUUCUCUCACUUCCAAUGACUUCCUUGGUCAAUAUACUUUACCACUUUUGAGCAUGAAUAAAGGUUAUCGUCAGGUUCCGCUUUUUUCCAAACUUGGUGUCAGCUUGCGUCCUGCUUCGCUCUUUGUACAUGUUUGGUACUUUCAACAAUAAUCUUUGUUAGCAUUGUUUCCCCAGCUGCCUGUUUCCUCAAUAAAGAAACCAUGCUUUGAUAAGCA